CAUCUCACUCUCGAUUUCACUGGAAAAAAAGAUUACAAUGUCCGUAGCAACGCAGCCGAAAACGUCUUGGGCAGAUGAUGUCGACGAACUAGACCAACAGAAGCCUGAAGACUACAUUGAUGAGAAUGGAAUUCGUGUGACGAUAGAGUAUGCAAUCAAUGACGAUGGGAAAAAAGUCAAGAUCACGCGGAAGAUCAAACGCACACUUCAAAAGUCUGUUGUUGAACACAAUGUAGCCGAACGCAAGAAGUGGGCAAAGUUUGGAAAGGAGAGAGGAAACAGUCCAGGACCCGAUCGUGGUACGACUACAGUAGGAGAAAAUGUGGCUCUUAAACUAAGCGCAGGGAACAAGUCGACUGAGCCUGAACAAACAGCUGAACAAUCCCUCAAAAACGAGCUUGCCAAAGCCGGCGCUGGCAAGGUUGUCUGUCGUCUUUGCAAGGGCGACCAUUUCACUGCGAAAUGUCCUUACAAGGAUUCCCUUGCUGGACUCGAGUCUGCAGAUGCUCUCCCUCCUGAUGAUGGAGUAUCUGCUGAAAACCCUGCUGCCGCCUCGGGUUCUACUGGUGGAAAGUACGUCCCACCCUCUAUGCGCAGUGGGCGGGGUCCUGGCGAGUCGAUGGGUCGGGCUGGCGGAACCGGAUCCCGCGACGAUUUGCCAACUCUUCGCGUCACCAACAUCUCAGAGGACACUCAAGAAAAUGAUUUGCGUGAGCUGUUUGGUGGGUUUGGGCGUGUCGCCCGUGUAUAUGUAGGUCGGGACAGGGAGACUGGCGCUGGCAAAGGCUUUGCUUUUGUUAGUUUCGAGGAUCGAGCUGUGGCACAGAAGGCGAUGGAGAAGGUACAUGGCAAAGGCUAUGAUAAUUUGAUUCUGAGCGUACAGUGGUCACAACCUAGGCCAGAUGGACGAUAAAUAAAAACGACAUAUUAGCACCUCUCGUUUUUGUCUAUUGUCGCACGUCUGAGUUUUCCACGAUAUAUAAAGAUAAACAUUUUCUGUUAUUAUUUUGAUGUUUUUGUCUUAGUUUGACAUUCUUAAGCGAGAGGAACUCGAUCAUGAC